AUGAGCAAGGUCAUUUUCACUCCACGAUUUGAGGACGUCUGUGGCCACAUGACCGCCGACAAGAAGAUCAAAGUAGAAUGUCUCCCAGAGCAAGAAGCAAUGAAUCUAUUUCUACGGAAUGUUGGUGAAGAGGCCAUGAAAUCCCAUCCGGAGACACCAAUCCUUGCCAAGAGCGUUGAUAAAGAGUGCAAGGGUCUGCCCCUUGCACUCAUCACCAUUGGGCGAGCCAUGUCAUAUAAGAAGACACCACAGGAAUGGAAGCAUGCAAUAUCAGUUCUGAGCACAAGCAAGCCACCAUCGGAGAUAUCAGAACAACUUCCAUAUUAUUGGAUAAGCGAGGGAUUCUUAGAUGGGUGGGAUGAUGAUCUUGAUACAGUCCAUAACAAGGGACAUGAUAUCAUUGGAAGAUUAAAGGCUGCAUGCUUGUUGGAGAGUGGUUCUGAUGAAGAAAGAGAGGUAAAGUUGCAUGACGUGAUACGUGAUCUGGCGUUAUGGAUAGCUUCUGAGUGCGGGAAGAAUAAGAAGAGGUUUUUGGUGAGAGCUGGCGUGGGACUGACGCAUGCACCAGAUGUUGAAAGGUGGAAGGAGGCCGAGAGGAUAUCUCUAAUGAAUAAUGGCAUAAAAGAAGUAACAGAGACACCUCAAUGCCCCAACCUCUUAACCUUGAUGCCCCAAUGGAAUCGGGAUUUUGGAAAGGUCCACACUGAUUUUUUUCAGUUCAUGCCUCUUCUCAGGGUCUUGGAUCUGUCAGGUAAUUCAUUUUUAAAGGAGCUUCCUGUGGGGAACGGUAACUUGGCAGAGCUACGAUAUCUCAAUCUAUUAAACACGAAGAUCAAAGUAUUGCCUGAAGAGAUGGGAAAUCUGGUAAAGCUGAAGCACCUGGACUUGGAGUUGACAACUCGUUUGCACACAAUUCCUCAAGGGGCAAUCUCCAGGCUUUCUGAAUUAACAGUAAUGAACCUACAUUAUAGUUAUUCAGAGUGGGAAGAAGGGAGUGAGGGAUUAAAUAUGAGUGAGUUGGAAGGCUUGGAACGUUUAAUCCAUCUUGAUCUCACCUUAUCAACUGUGCAUGCUCUUAAAAGGUUGCUCUGCUCUAGCAAGCUGCGGAAGGUGACUCGGUAUCUAAUUUUGAACAGAUGUGAGGAUCUGACUAUCUCCAACCAACUAUCAUCCCUUUUUACUGCAAUGAAAAGUCUUCAAGGGCUUAAUUUUAAUCGCUGCAAUGGGUUGGUGGAGGUGAUGAUUAGUGUGGAUGCGAAGAAGGGCAAUGAUUAUCCUGUUUCGAGCCUAGAAUGGCUUGUCCUUUGGACUUUGGAUGUCUUAGACGAAGCCCAACCCGCUUUAAAAACAGGCCGUGAGCUAGUCCGAUACUUUAGCCCAAGCCUGACCUGCUGUGGGCUAGGCGUGGAAGCCCGAUGGGCCAACAAGCCCGUUGACAGCCCUAGGGGAGAGACUGAGAGGAGGGGAGAGAUGGAGAGGUUGGGGAACAAGUCCUCUGCAACAAUAUCAAAAUGGAGAACUGGAGUGACAAUUAGUGGCUGUUUGCCUGAUUGUGGGGGCCACAUAUUGAGGCUAUUGGCAGAGGUGCUGGCUGCAUGUCCGCAUUAA